AUGGUUUCUAUUGCAAUCUUGGGCUGCGACAAUAACGCUUUCUAUAUAGCUUCUCAUCUUUUAUAUCAUAAUUAUAAUCCCCAACAACAUCCUGAUAAUAAUAAUAGAAUCUUGUUAGUUGGUCACCAAGAUCCUUUUCAUGAUCUUAAUAUUUCACAAAAAGUUGUGUUUAAAAUUUUUGAUGGGCAAGAAAUUAACAUUCCUAGAAAUCAAAUAGAAUAUACAACCGAUGCGAAGAAUAUCGUAGAGUUCAAGCCUGAUUUUGUGCUAUUAACAUUGAAAGGAACUCGCACCAUUGAAGUAUUGAAAGAUAUUGUGAAUUUGGAUGGUAAAACUGUGAUUGUUUCAAUGCAAGAUGGAAUUCUCAACUCUGACAUUAUCAGUGUAGUCCUUCCCAACACAAAAAUAAUUGAAGGCCUUAUACUCCAAAACAUUACAUCAUCUCAAAACUGUCAUUUUGUUCAAGAAUCGUCAGAUGGUGUUAUAAUUCUUCAAUCAACACCAGAAUCAUUAAAACUACAACAAAUCUUUCAUCAAAGUGAAUUAUUCGUACGACUAUGUUCAAACUUAAAAAAUGUAAUGUACGGUCAGCUCAUACUAAAACUUGGUAAUGCUCUUGUAUAUUUAAGUGGAUUACCAUUUGAAAAAUAUAUUAAGGAUAAGAGUUGGAGACGUAUACAUGCAUAUUGUCAAUGGGAAGCAUUAGAGGUAUUCAAACAUCAUGGAAUUGAACCUGUUUCUGCCAUGAAUUCUUCAUUACCAUUGCAAAUUACUCCAUAUCUAUUAAUGACACCGGAUUGGAUAUUAAGACCUGUACUUGAUAAUGUAUUUAAACAAGAGUCUAUGAAAUUUGGUAUAAAUUUAAUGGCUAAAGAUUUUAGAGAUUUUAGAUUUGAAAAUAAACUCGAAAUUGAUGAUUUACAAGGUGAAAUUGUUAGAUUAGGAGUAGGAGGUUCAGAAGGUUUGGAAACUAUCUAUAAUAGUGGGAUAUUUAGGUUGGUAAAAUUAGUUGAAAAUGUUUUGCGAGAAGCAAAAAAAGAUUGGAAAGUUGAGAUUGAAGCUGAUGAAGUUUUGAAUUAUAUUGAAAAUGGAACUGUACCGCAAGUUUUGCUAAAUAACUAG